CGACGCGGUGCCGCCCAGUAGGCUGGGCUCUGCCCGGUUUCGGUUUCUGCCCGUGAGCAGGGCUCCCCGAGGGGGGGAGCCGAGUGCCGGGAGCCGGGCGGGCCGCGGGGGAGCCGGGCUGCGGCCGCAGCCAGGGAGGAAGUCGCUCAGGGUGGGACCCUUCGCCCGGGCUCGGCUCGGCUCGGCUCGGCUCGGAGCCGGGCGCCGCCGACGCGGGCCCCCCUCGCUGGGGCUCCCGGCAGGAAGCGCCGCUGCCAGGUUUCGUUUUUCGGGCUGGGGAAGCCCAGGGUGCUGGAGCCUUCCCCGGGCUCCGCGCGGCAGCGGCCGGGCUGCUGCGGCGCUGCUGGCGAUGGACCUGCGGGACUACCAGUGGGAAGUGAUCACCCCGGCCCUGGGUGGCGAGAACAGCAUCAUCUGGCUGCCCACGGGCGCCGGGAAGACCCGUGCCGCCGUCCACGUCUGCAAGAGGCACCUGGAGACCAGGCAGCAGGGCAAGGUCGCUGUGCUGGUCAACAAGGUGCACCUGGUGGACCAGCACGCCAAGAACGAGUUCCAUGUGCUCCAGGAUGCCUUCAGGAUCACAGCCAUCAGCGGGGACAACAACCAAAAAUUCCUCUUUGCCUGGGUGGUGAAGCAGAAUGAUAUUGUGAUCUGCACUGCCCAGAUCCUGCAGAACGCGCUGGUCAGCAAGGAGGAGGACACGCAUGUGGAGCUGAUGGAUUUUUCCCUGCUGGUGAUAGACGAGUGCCACCACACACACAAAGAUGCCGUCUACAACAAAAUCAUGCUGAAUUACCUCCAGCACAAAAUGAGAGGGCAGCAGAACCUACCACAGAUCCUGGGUCUGACAGCAUCACCCGGCACUGGGGGUGCAACAUCCUUUGAAGGAGCUGUAGAGCACAUCCUGCAGAUCUGUGCCAACCUGGAUGCUGCUAAAAUCAUGUCAGCCCAAGAGCACUUCCAUGAGCUGCAGACCCAAGUCCCUCAGCCCAGGAAGCAGUACAACUUGUGCCAGGAGAGAGCAGAGGAUCCCUUUGGAGACCAGCUGAAGAAAAUCAUGGACCAGAUCCAACAGUACAUGGGCACACCUAGCCUGCCACAGGACUUUGGCACACAGAUUUACGAGCAGCGCAUCGUGGAGCUGGAGAAAAAAGCAGCAGAGACGUUUUGUCGCAAGACGCGCGUGUGUGCGCUGCACCUGCGGAAGUACAAUGAUGCCUUGCUGAUCAACGACACGGUGCGCAUGGUCGAUGCCUUCCAGUGCCUCAGGGAGUUCUACCUCUCGGAAAGGGACAUGAAGGAUCCGACAGAGCAUUUCCUUGCUACCACAUUUGAGGAGAACAGGACAUGCUUGCUGGAGCUCGCCAGGAUCCAGCAGUAUGAGAACCCCUGGCUGAGCAAGCUGGAGAAGAUCCUGCAGGAGCAGUUCCAGUCUCCGGGCACUUCUCGCGGCAUCGUUUUCACCAAAACCCGCCAGAGCGCCCACAGCCUGCACAGCUGGCUGAAGGACACAGCAUCGCUCCAUGGGCUGGACAUCAGGGCUGCAGUUCUCACUGGGGCUGGUUACAGCAACCAGACCAAGCACAUGACACAGAAUGAGCAACAGGAUGUGAUCAAGUUGUUCCGCAAGGGAGAUGUCAACCUGCUCUUCUCGACCAGUGUGGCUGAGGAGGGCCUGGAUAUCCCAGAGUGCAACAUCGUGGUUCGCUAUGGGCUUAUGACCAAUGAGAUCGCCAUGAUGCAGGCCAGAGGCCGUGCCCGUGCUGAGAACAGCGUGUACUCCAUCCUCGCCAAAGAAGGCAGCAGGGAGGUCUCCCGGGAGCUGCUCAACGAGGAGCUCAUAGAGCUCAUGAUCCGGGCGAUCAGAGAAGUGCAAAACAUGCCCGAGAGGGAGUACCGCCUCAAGAUCAUGGAGCUGCAGCGAAAUGCUGUUGUCAGCUGGCAAAUGAAGGAAGCCAAGAACAGCGAGAGGCGGCAGUUGCAUGACCCAGGCACUGUUUACUUCUACUGUGUCAACUGCAGCAUGGCUGUGUGCCAUGGCAGUGACAUUCGCACCGUGGAGGGCAUGCACCAUGUCAACAUCAACCCCCUCUUCAGGUUUUAUUACAGAGUCACACCUGGGAAAGUGCAGUUUGAGCGGUCUUUCAAGGACUGGGAGCCUGGGUGCCGCAUCGUGUGCAAAGAGUGCAGCCAGGACUGGGGAAUGGAGAUGAUCUACCGCGGGGUGACGUUGCCCAUCCUCUGCAUCAAAAACUUUGUGGUGGAGACGCCGGCUGAAAAGAGGAAGCACAAGAAGUGGAGCAGCGUGACGUUCCCUGUUAAGGAGUUUGACUACCUGGAGUACUGCUCCAGCAUCGAUGACCAGCCCUUCUAGUGUGAAGUCUGCUUACAAAGGACUAUUCCAGGCCCCCUCCUGGGGCAAUGGGAUCCCUUGGCAUGGGAACCUCCCCCCGGCCCAUGUGUACGGAGUGCUGCAGCUUGCUCCUCAGAAGCAUGGGGAGCUCUUUUCCUCUGCAGACCGUGCUGCAGCGCAUCUCUUGCUAGAGCCUGCAGCUGCAGGGGGAAAAGGCUUCGCUGUGCCAGCACCAGGGCCCUUUCCCACAGAAGUGACUGAAGGGUCCAGAACAACCUGGCAAGGGACUCGGAUAGGAAAGAGCCCUUCUCUGCUCGCUGUCUAGCUGCUCCCCGUGUUGCACCUUGCCCCCUUCUCCCCCAGCUCGCGCAGGCACUGGGGAGCAGGACCCCAAGCCCCCUCCCCAGCUCUGCCGCCAGCCGCUGUGUUGUCCCAUGGGAAUGAACUGUCUGACGGCUUUCUGCUUUCCCUGGGGUGUAGGAGAGUGUCUGUAGGAGCAGGAGGAUGUCAGGGACCCCAUCCUCGCCCUCAGCCAGGUGCCUCUGCGCAGCGUGGGGCCCCGCUCAGCUCUGUGGGGCCCCGCAAGCCCAGCCAUGCCAGACCGCGGUGCUCGCCGAGCCGAGCCAUCCCCGCUGCUCUCUUCCCUGGCUGUUUCCACAGCCUGCACACCACCGAGACCUGAGAACCAGCCAUUUUACACGGGCUCUGGGCAUGAUCCAGCUUUUCUCUGGUGGUCUCUGAUCUGCUUUAUGAAGAUAAUCGUCCUCCAUUAAAACCUGGUGUGCGUGUGCUGGAUAGAA